GAAUAGAAAACCCUCUUCGGAACUGAAAAGUCAUCCAUGAUUACUCCUGAGGACCAGAGAUCAUGUUAGUUGUUCAUUAAAACUUGCUCUGGGUACAAUGGAGAACGAAAUCGGUCAAAUCCUGCCUUUGGUAGUGUCCAAUUCGAUAGUGGCUGUGUUCAUUAGUGCGUUUUGGAUUCUAGCCAUACCUUGGGCUUCAUCUCCAGGUACGACAAGCUCAUUCCUGUGUUCAACGACCUCGGCGUCGGAAUCACACCAACAAUCGGGUCCAGAUCCAAGUUCAACCCAUUCCAACAUGAGUUACAAGCCUUUGGAUCGAAUUGGAUCCAGGCCAAUGGCCACCAGAGUAACAGCUGAUCGAGGAACAUCAGUUGCACCCUCCACUGUUCCCGGAAUGGAUUACCUCCGCAAUCCCAAGCUCUUCAAGGGCAUGGGAUUCAGUCUUGAAGAGAGACAGGCUCUUGGAAUUCAUGGCUUGCUCCCACCGAGGAUCAAGACCCAAGAUGAGCAAGUGGACAAUUGUUUGAGAAACUUGAAUCGUUACGAGAACAAACUGAAUCAAUAUGUGUACAUGAUUGAUCUUUUGGACCGAAAUGAGAGACUCUUCUACAAGCUUCUGUCGGAAAAUGUGCAAAAACUCAUGCCCAUUGUGUAUACACCCACUGUGGGAGAGGCAUGCCAGAAGUUUGGGUACACUUUCAAAAGACCUCAGGGCCUAUUUAUCACUAUUUACGACAAGGGACAUAUCUAUGACAUCUUGCAAAAUUGGCCCGAAAAUGAUGUUCGAGCCAUUGUUGUAACUGACGGAGAGCGUAUUUUGGGUUUGGGAGAUUUGGGGGUUCACGGAAUGGGAAUUCCCGUGGGUAAAUUGGCUCUCUACACGGCUUUGGCCGGAAUCAAGCCUCACCAAACUCUGCCCAUCACUUUGGAUGUGGGGACCAAUAACCAAAAGUUCUUGGAAGAUGCCGAUUAUGUUGGUUUGCGCCAUCGUCGUGUCACUGGCCAAGAUUACGACGACUUCAUCGACGAGUUUAUGGAUGCGGUGGUCCAGCGAUAUGGCCAGAACACCUUGAUCCAAUUCGAGGAUUUUGGCAAUCACAAUGCCUUCCGCUUUCUGGAGAAGUACCGCAACAAGUUCUGCACCUUCAAUGACGACAUCCAAGGAACAGCUUCCGUCGCUGUAGCUGGCAUCCUGGCUGCUCUGAAAGCAACGGACACCAAACUCUCGGAUCACACCUUCUUGUUCCAAGGUGCUGGAGAGGCUGCCAUUGGGAUCGCCCAACUUCUGGCCAAGGCCAUGGAAAAACGGGAAGGCAUUCCCGAGGCCGAAGCUCGAAAGCAGAUCUGGAUGAAAGACUCCAAAGGUCUGAUUGUCAAGGAUCGACCUGAGGGAGGGAUCAGCCAACAUAAGGCCCCAUUUGCUCACGAGCACGAGCCCAUGAAGGAACUGGAAGACAUUGUGAAGGAGUUGAAGCCCUCGUGCUUGAUUGGGGCUGCCGCCAUAUCGGGGGUAUUUAACCAAGGCAUCCUGGAGGACAUGGCCUCUUUCAACAAAAGGCCCAUUGUUUUUGCCUUGAGCAAUCCCACCGAUAAGGCUGAGUGCACUGCUGAAGACGCUUACAAACACACCAAGGGUCAAGUAGUAUAUGCCUCCGGAUCGCCAUUUGAGCCAUUUGACUACGAUGGCAAACGUGUGGAGCCUGGUCAAGGGAAUAAUGCCUACAUCUUCCCUGGAGUAUCCUUGGGUGUGAUUUGCACCGGCAUCCAUCAUAUUUCUGAUGAGGUCUUCUUGGGUGCGGCUGAAGCCUUGGCUGAUAUGGUUACCCCUGAAGAUUUGGCUGUUGGUCGACUCUACCCACCCAUUGAGAAAAUCAAGGAUUGCUCGAUCAAGAUUGCGGCCAAUAUUGCUAAUAUUGCUUAUGAGGACCAAACGGCAUCCACCUAUCCGGAGCCCAAAGAUAAAGAAGAGUUCAUUCGGAGCCAGUUGUACAACUAUGAGUACGACGGGGUCAGCGCUCUACCAGAACGUUAUGAUUGGCCAGAGGAGGUCCAAAAGCCUUUUAGUAAACUGUAAUUUGAAUUAUGGCCACACUAAGGUCCCACAUGCUUUUUGUAAAGUUCUAUAAGAAAUGGAAUAAAUCCUGUUUUUAUCGCGCAA